CGUCGGUCGGCGCCGCCGCGAGAAAGGGGCGAGAGAGGAAGAGGAGCACCGAAGCGUCACUAUUGAUCCCUUCGGUCUUUCAGAUAUUUUCUUGUCAGUGGAUGCUGGUUGGGGUUCGAAGGUUCGCCAGGGGUGAAUUGUUGUGAUAAAUUUCUGAUCGGGGCGUUGUCAAGGCCUGUUGGAUUUCUUUAUCGCUCACUCGCACGGGAAGAAAUUAGGGUUUAUGCCUUAUUUUCCUCCUCGUGAUCUUGUUAUGUGAUAAUUAAGGCGCAAUACGUUCAAUUGCGUUGCUUUCUUCGUGAAAGUUGCGAUUGUGGUUAUUAGUAUUUGACUAUUUGAUUUGGUCUCAUAGCGGUUUAUCUGCAUUUGGUGUUGAUUACUUUCAAGUUCGAUCUACUACGUUUGGAUGCAAUUGGCAGCAAGAAAGGUGGGUAUUUUGUUGAAUCUGCGGCGAUUACGUUCCGAUUUCUUCUACUGAGGGCUGUUCAAGAGAGGGCUGGCGCUGGAUAGGUGCUUGGAUUCCACCCGCCAGUUGGGCCCCACUCCCCCAGUGGCUUCUUCGCGGGUCACCGCUGGAGGUGGAGGUCCGUCCCAAUCUUCCUCCGCCUCUGGCAUCUUCUUCCAGGGCGAUGGUGGCCAGAACCCUGCUCCUGUGAGCUCCAUGUCAGGGAACGACUGCUCUGGUUUUGGACCGGCUUCUGGUGACAUGAACCAAAUACUAAACAGCAGGGGAAACUCCUCCGGUCCAAGCGUUGGUGCCAGCUCCCUCGUCACUGACGCCAACUCAACACUCUCUGGUGGUGCUCAGUUGCAAAGAAGCACCAGCUUCAACAACGAGUCAUAUAUGCGUAUCCCUGCCUCGCCCAUGUCCUUCUCCUCCAACAUCUCGGGUUCUUCGGUGAUGGAUGGUUGCUCCAUUGUGCAGCAGAGCCCUCUCCAAGAGCACGUGAGAAAACAAGGGCUCUCAACAGCAACAUCCCAGUUAACACAACGGGAAACCCCAAAUAUAAUGAAUGCUCAGAAAAAAAUGCAGCUUGAUAUAAGGCAAGAGGAUAUCCUGCAGAAGCAGUUGGUUCAACAGCUUAUGCAGAGACAUGACCCUAUGCAGCUGCAGGGCCAGCAAAACCCACAGCUGCAUGCUUAUUUGCAACAGCAGAGACUAAUGCAACAUCAGCAGCAGCAGCAGCAGCAGCAGCAGCAGCAGAUAAUUCAAUCCUUUUCUCAGAUGCAACAAGCCCCUAUCAACUUGCAGCAGCAACAGCAAUUGUGGCACCAUGUGCAACCUCAGACUCUUCAGCCAGUUACUCCUGUUAAGCGCCCCUUUGAUAAUGGAAUAUGUUCUCGCAGGCUUAUGCAAUAUUUGUAUCACCAGCGUCAUCGGUCACCUAAUAAUUCUAUAUUAUACUGGAGGAAGUUUGUGGCUGAGUAUUUUGCAGUACGAGCUAAGAAACGGUGGUGUUUGUCCUUGUAUGAUAAUAUGGGCAAUCAUGCCCUUGGUGUAUUCCCACAGUUGGCUGUGGAUGCAUGGCAGUGCGACAUUUGUGGUUCGAAAUCUGGAAAAGGAUUUGAGGCUACUUUUGAAGCACUUCCUCGGCUUUUUCAAAUUAAAUUUGACCGUGGUGUAAUUGAUGAAAACUUGUUUCUUGACAUGCCUCAUGAGUGCCGAUUGUCCUCUGGAGCUAUGGUAUUGAAGUAUGAAAAAGCUGUUCAAGAAAGUGUCUAUGAGCAUCUACGUAUUGUUCGCCAUGGACAACUCCGAAUAAUAUUCACACCAGAACUGAAGAUAUUAUUUUGGGAAUUUUGUGCUCGACAGCAUGAAGAGUUUCUUCCUCGUAGAUUGCUAGCACCUCAGGUUAACCAACUAUUGCAAGUUGCUCAAAAAUAUCAAGCAGCUGUGUCUGAGAAUAAUACGGCUGGAGUUUCACAUCAAGAUUUGCAAACAAGCUGCAAUAUGUUUUCAACAGCAGGUCGUCAGCUAGCAAGAAAUUUGGACUUACAAUCAUUGAAUGACUUAGGAUUCUCCAAAAGAUAUGUUCGGUGCUUGCAGAUAUCUGAGGUUGUCAGUAGCAUGAAGGACUUGAUUGAUUUUAGCCAGGAGCAGAAGAUUGGACCAAUAGAGAGUUUGAAGAACUAUACCAGGCAGGCUUCAGCAAAGCUCCAAAAACAAAAGCUGGAGACGGAGCAGCUGAUGAGUUAUAAUAGUCUGCCAGGUGAUCAGAGUGCCGUAAGCAAAGUAAUUGGCAUCCAUCCAGGGUUAAACAGUUACAUGAACAACAAUAUAGCAGCUAACCAAGUUGUUAAUGGCAGCCAGCAAAGUGUCCAUGCACUAAACAGCUACCAGAAUAUGCUGAGAAAUUCUCUGAACUUGAAGCACAAUUUGCUUCAACAGGAUGCUUCGAGUUCUUUGUGUGCCUCCAAACAUGCACAGCAAUUUCAGGGUUCAUCAUCAAUUAUAACAAAUGCAUCUGCCAAUAAUUUAUCUGGGCAACAGCAGCAGCAACCUACAUUGGAUGGUUGCUUGCCGCAGCAGAACAGUGUGCAAACCUCCCAGGUGAACCAACACAUGCAGCAACAUAUAAUUCAGCAGCUGCUGCAAGAGAUGAUGAAUAACAACAAGGCAGCACCACAACAAUCUCUUAUUGCUUCCAAUGCAAAUGCUAAUUUGGCAGCUCGAGAUGCAAUUGGAGGUGGUAUCAGUGGAUCAAUCAGAAGUGGGAUUGAGAUGCAAAAUAUGCCCUCAAACUUUCCUAAUAAUGGCACAGGGGCUGUUUCAAGCAGAAGUAACUGUUUCAAAUCUGCUGCCACUGCUGGCAACCCCAUCCAUAACAGUGGCAACAGUCUUAGUUCAAGGCCUGACUUGCCUCAGAACAUGGAUUUGCCAGAAAUGGAUCACAUUGCUCAAGAAUUUUCGGAAAGUGGCAUGUUCAAUGGGGAUUCAUGGUGACGUUAAAUAUGUUUAAUGGUGUGAAAUUAUCUAUAAGUUUGUUGAGAAUUUCUUAACUCCACUUAGUAUCUGCAAAAUACUUCAACAUAUAUAAGGAUUCUUAUGUUGCCAUUAUGAGGUUUCCCACUUUGAAGUGCUUGGUUGCACAAUGGUGAUUCUUGGAAUUA